AUGGCCAAGACGGCGCGCCUCCGCCGGCACGUCGUGGUGAACAUCCCCUGGUACUGGCGUCAUCCCAAGUACCAGCGCAUCGUGCUCAAGCGGACCCGCCUGUUUGCGCACGACGAGUUUGACCUGUGCUCCGUCGGCGACAUGGUCCGACUGCAGAUGGUGCGGCCGCUCUCCAAAAAGAAGUCGCACGUGGUGGCCGCCAUCCUCCGCCGAGAGGACGGCUCGGCGCCGCCGUCGCCCUUCCCCAACGUCCACCUGUCGCGAAACGUGUGGCCAGAGGAGGCGGAGGAGGCGCGAGUCGCCGCUGGCCUGCCAGAGAGGGUUGCCGGGCCGGGCGUGGAGGGGAGGCUGCGAGGGGGUGCGCAGUGA